AUGGCGAGGCGCUGCGGGGGCCCUGAGGACGCUGCGGGGAUGCGGUGGCCGGCGGGACAGCCCGUGGCAGCGCGGCGGGGCCGCGGGGGCUCUGCCGGCAGCGUGCUGGGGCUCCGGCGCUCGGCGCUGCCGCUGCCCGCGAUCUGGUGGUGGUACCUGUUCCUGAGCGCCGAUGCCCAGGAGGUGGCCACGUUCACCGUGCAGUACCGGGUGCUGGAGGAGGUGCCCCCGGGCACAGUCAUAGGCAGCCUGGCCGAGCACUUCGAGGGUGGUGAGAGCGGCGAGGCGGCCGAGACCUUCCAGCUGAUGGAGACCCCCGGGAGGUUCCCUGUGCGCGUGGGCAGCGGGGAUGGGGUGCUCAGCACGGCCGGGAGGGUGGACAGGGAGCAGCUGUGCCGCCACAGUGAUCCCUGCUGGGUGUCCUUCGACGUGCUGGCCGCCCAGAACCCGGCCCUGAUCCACGUGGAGGUUCAGGUGCUGGACGUGAACGACAACGCGCCGCGCUUCCCCACGCCCGAGCUGGAGCUGGAGAUCUCGGAGAGCGCGUCCCUGCGCACGCGGAUCCCGCUGGAUCGGGCCCUGGAUGCUGACGCUGGCCCCAACGCCCGCUGCUCCUACGCCCUCUCCCCCAGCCAGCACUUUGCUCUGGAGGUGGUCGCCGGCUCCGAUGGGACGAGGCACGCGGAGCUCGUGGUGGUGAAGGAGGUGGACAGGGAGCUGCACUCCUCCUUCGACCUCGUGCUGACGGCCACCGAUCACGGGGAGCCGCCAAAAUCAGGGACUGCUCUGAUUAAAGUCAUCGUCCUCGACUCCAACGACAACAGUCCCAUGUUUGCAGAGAGCUCCCUGACCGUGGAGGUUCGGGAGGACGCCCAGCCCGGGACCCUCCUGGUGACGGUCACGGCCACCGACCCCGACCAGGGUCCCAACGGGGAGAUCGAGUACAGCCUGAGCAGGCACGCGCCCCCCGAGGUGCUGAGCACCUUCAGCGUUGAUCCCCGCACGGGCAGAGUCCUGCUGAGGCUCCCUCUGGACUACGAGCACACCCACGCCUACGAGCUGGACGUGCAGGCGCGGGACCUGGGCGCCAACCCCAUCCCGGCGCACUGCAAGGUCCUGGUCAAGGUCCUGGACGUCAACGACAACGCUCCCGACGUCCACGUCACCUGGGCCGCGCGCGUGCCCGUGCUGUCUGAGGCGCUCCCCAAGGACAGCUUUGUGGCCCUGGUGACAGCCAGCGACCCCGACUCGGGAAGCAACGGGCAGGUGCUGUGCUCCCUGAGCCAGGGCUACGAGCACUUCAGGCUGAAGAGAACCAACAGCCACAGCUUCGCGCUGCUGACCAACGCCUCGCUGGACCGCGAGCGGCGCGCCGAGUACAACCUGACGCUGGUGGUGCGGGACAUGGGGGAGCUGUCGCUGGCCGUGCUGAAGCACCUCACCAUCUGCAUCAGCGAUGUCAAUGACAACGCCCCUGCCUUCGAGGAGGCCGCCUACGAGGCUGCCGUGGCUGAGAACAGCGCAGCUCCUGCCUUCCUGCUCACCGUCCGUGCCACCGACCCCGACCUGGGCUUCAACGGCAAGGUCACCUACAGGAUGCUGGACCCCUCUGCUUUGGGGCUGGUCUCGGUCGACCCCAUCACUGGGGAUGUUUUUGCCCUGCAAGCUUUUGAUUACGAGCAGGUGAGGAGCCUGGAGUUCCUGGUGACAGCGGAGGAUGGAGGGCAUCCCAAGCUGGCCUCCAACAUCUCCGUCAGGCUGGCUGUGCUCGACCGGAAUGACAACGCGCCCGUCAUCACCUCGCCAGCGCUGGUGGGAGGGGUGGCCACGCUCUCAGUGCUGGUCAAUGUGGACACUGGGUGCUGCUGGGUGCUCCCUGGCAAUGGCAGCACCCAGGGGGCUGCAGCAGUGACCAAUUCCACACCCGUGUCGUGCCCUGGCAACCCCCUCCUCUUCACCAUCGUGGCCAGGGACGUGGACUCCGGCAUCAACGGGGCUCUCCGCUAUGAUCUGCUGGGUGGGGAUGAUGGCGGGCUCUUCACCCUGGACCCCCUCCUGGGCCAGGUGUCCCUCAACAGUAGCAAUGCCAGCAGCCUGGCCGGCAGCCAGCGGGAGCUGCUGGUGCGGGUCAGCGACCAGGGGGACGCCCCCCUGCACACCCUGGCCCGGCUCCGUUUGCUUUUCCGCCGUCUUGGGACCUUCUCCAAGAUGUCAGCGCAGGAUCCCGGCUGGCCCAGUCUCCCCGUGGUGCUGCUGAUCUGCCUGGCCGCUCUCCUGGGCGUGUCCCUCCUGCUGCUGGCGCUCACCCUCUCCCUGCGCAAGAAGGACAAGAAGGAUGGCAUGGCCUACAACUGCCGGGAGGCGGAGGAUGCCCGCAGGCAGCAGCAGCUCAAGAAGCCGCACCGGCAGAUCCAGAAGGCCGACAUCCACCUGGUCCCUCUGCUCCGGGGGCGCCCCCGGGAGCCCGAGCCCCCCCAGCCCUGCCAGGAGGAGCAGCCUGGCACGGCCCCCCCCGGGUCCCCACAGGCUCCCCUGCACCUCACACCCACUCUCUACAGGACCCUGAGGAACCAGAGGACACAAAAAGGCUCCGAGGAGCAGCAGGGCGCCUUGGAGCUGCCCAUCCUGCAGCGCCGGCCGUGCCAGCCCCACCGCCCCAAACACCUGGGGAAGGAGGCUGGGAGCCCCCCCGAGGCGCCGCUGCCCGGCAAGAGCUUGGUAAAGGCACCCAUGGCAGAGCCCCAGGUGCCACCCGAGGCAGCCCUGGGCGCAGGAGGAGCGGGGCAGCACCAGCAGAUCCUCAGGAGCCUGGUCCGGCUGUCGCUGGUGGCCCUGGCGGAGCAGAGCCCGAGCGGGGAGCUCGCCCUGGAGUCGCCCCCGGUGCAGCAAAUCUCCCAGCUGCUCUCCCUGCUGCACCAGGGCCAGUUCCAGCCCAAAACAAACUACAGGGGAAACAAGUACACGGCCAAGAACGGCAGCAGGGGCUGCAGUGACCUGGCUGCUGUGACCCCUGGCAGGGCUGCAGGGCUGGACACAGGGCUGGACACGGGGCUGGACGCGGAUGGCCUGAGCACCAAGGACAGCGGGCACGGUGAGAGCGAGGCCGGCGACCGCGACUGCGACAGCGCCUUCGAGCUCUCGGUGCAGCAGCUGGUGGGAGAGGAGCUGGAGACCCUCCUGGAGCCACAGGCAGAGCUGGCCCUCAAGAGGCUUACAGCUGCAGACCCGGCGUGGGUGGCCCGGCUGUCCCUGCCCCUCACCAGCAGCUACAAGGACAACAUCUUCUCCCCGGACUCACCCUGCUGCCCCGGGGACGAGGAAGCUGCAAGGACCUUUGAGACCUUUGGCAAAGGUGCUGGGGCUGAGCCUGGCGGCUCUGGCACGAGGCUGGCCAGCACAUUCCUGUCAGAGAUGAGCAGCCUGUUCGAGAUGAUCCUGUCCCAGAAGGUGCAGGGGCACGGCGAGGAGGGGCUGCUGCGGCAGCUCUCGGCACGGGGGCACAGCCUGGCCCGGGGGGAUGCUGCUGAAGGGAUAUAGCAGGGAGAGAACAGAGAUUGGGGUGCACAACCCUCUCAGCCUGGCCUGGGGAAUGCUGCUGCAGGGACAUAGCAGGGAGAGAACUGAGAUUUGGGGUGCCCAACCCUCUCUCCAUCCUGGGACAGCUGGGGGAUGCUGCUGCAGGGAUAUAGCAGGGAAAGAACAGCUGAGAUUUGGGGUGCCCAACUCUCUCAGUCUGGCCUGGGGGAUGCUGCUGCAGGGAUAUAGCAGAGAGAGAACAGCCGAGAUUGGAGUACACAACUCUCUCCCCAGCGUGGGACAGCUGGGGGAUGAUGCUCCAGGGUAGAAAACAGAGAUUUGGGGUGCCCAACCCUCUCCCCAGGCUGAGGGAUGCUGCUCCAGGAUAGAGAACAGAGAUUUGGGGUGCACAGCCUUCUCAGCCUGGGGUGGGGGAUGCUGCUGCAGGGAUAUAGCAGGGAGAGAACAGCAGAGAUUUGGGGUGCCCAACCCUCUCCCCAGGCUGAGGGAUGCUGCUCCAGGGUAGAGAACAGCAGAGAUUUGGGGUGCCCAACCCUCUCCCCAGGCUGAGGGAUGCUGCUCCAGGGUAGAGAACAGAGAUUUGGGGUGCCCAGCCCUCUCCCCAGCCCCAGCAGGGGCACUGCAUGGCCCAUGCCCACACAGGUGUUUCUUCCUCUGCCUCGCCCCAUGGAAUUUGUGGUUUCAGCUUUAGCUGCCCUCCACCUGCCUGGCCUUGCCUUCCCCCUGUCCCAUCCCAGGCAGCAGCAGCAGCAGCAGAGCUCUUUCCUCCCAGGACAGGCCCAGGCAAGGGGGUUGUGAGAACAAGCCCAGCACCGUGAGACACAUCCAUGUGAUCACAGACUGUGAAAAUACCUGUCACGGACACGGCUGCAGCUGGGCUCCAGGGCUUCACUUAUUUAAAUAAAACCCUUUUUUCCUAACUCUACCCUCUCUGUCAGCACUGUAGCUGACAUAAUGCAUGUGCAGAAAGCCUGAAGUGGCAGCUGGGGAAGGGGAAAUGUGCCUGGUGUCUCCCACGGGUCCUUCCAGCUUCUGUGGUUGUGCCACUGAGAACUUGGCACUUUGUAAAAACCCCAAAAUCAGCACUGGCAUCUCUCCUAGGGCUGCUCCAAGUGCCCACAGCUUCCUUCUCCAUCAGGGCUGGAUGUGGCACUCUGCUCUGGGCUGGUGACAAGGUGGGCAUCAAUCACAGCUUGGACUUGAUGAUCUCAGAGGUCUUUUCCAACCUUAACGAUUCCAUUCUAGUCUGUUCUCUCCUUUGAGGCCAUUGGAUUUUGGAGCACAGUUCUUAUCCAAAAGCAGACACCAGAUGGCUGGAGUCUGCCAAAGGUAACCUGGGAAAAGGGAAGUGUGAAAACACUGUUUUGAAAUACUCAGUCACAAGCUUCACCCUUUUUAUGGGUUUUCACUUUGAUCUGUCAGUCUGGGAGCUGUAAGACACUUUGGGGAUAAUAGGAUGGGUGGGAAAACCAAGAUAUUGGUGACAAAGAAGAAGCAGACAGGUGUUUGUGCUCCAAGGAGAAGGGAGGUGACCCCACAGGCUCAUGCAGCAGUGUGGGGAUGGCAGGGAAGGUUCUGGGCCCUCCUGGACCAUCUCAGGUAUCCCAUGGAGCUGGAGGUGACAGCUCCCAGCUUCAGGUGUGCACACACCUGAGCCACAGCACCACACAAACAAUCAUCUACAGAAAAAGACAAAGUUCCCUCUUGCUGUUGCUCUUGGGACUGAAUGACAAGAGGAAUAGAGUGAGAUUUCCCCAGGUGCACUUUUUAAUAUCCAAAAUGUUGUGUUUUAUUUUGAGUCUCCACAGUGCUUGUACAGGAGCCCAGCUCUGGCAUCCAUCCAGGGAUGGGUUUGGCCUGGCCUGCUCGUGCUGCUGCUCUGCUAACACAAAUCUCUUGCUGGUUUGUUUUACAAACAAAACAGGUUCUUGCACCAAAACAAUGUCAGAGAGCCAGAUUCUAACUGGGAUGCAGCUGUGCAAACCAUGAGGGAGCAUCUGUGAGUGAGCCCUGUGGGAUUCCUCAGCACCUUGGGAGCACAGGCAGAGGGACAAACACCAGCACAGCCUCACAUCUCCCUCUGCAAAGCUGCUUUGAUGUCCCUGUUAGAGGACAAUCCUUACCCAAAAAUACCUCAUGACAAGCAGGUUUCAAAGGAGACAAAUUCCUCCCUCUUGGAUCAAUUUCCUGAUUUUGCAAACUGCUCCCAGCCCCCCCAGCCCCUCUCCCAUCCUGAGCCGUGCGUAAGCACUGGAUGGUCACAGCAUAGGAAAUCCACCCCAGGAAUUUCCUGCUCCUUGUAUCCUGCUUGAUAAAGGAAAUGCUCUAAGAAAGUUUGGUCUGAGCAGAAGGAGAGAGCAGAGCAGGAGAACAAUCAGAUGUGUUGAGGGCUGGCUGUGCCCCUCCCUUGCUGCAUGGAGAGGUUCAGGAUGGGGCCGUUGCCUUUGUUUUGCAGAGCCUGAUCUCCACAGAGCAGCAGGGCCACAGGAAGCUGGGCAGUUUGCACAGAUGCCCUUGAACCAGUUCAGACUGGUGUGAACAAAUGCUUCUUUCCGGAUUCAGCUGCCCCAGUGGAAGAAAUUAUCACACCAGCUGCCUGCUGCUGCUGCUGCCAGUGGUGCCUCCCCCUGGGAGCAUCCCUUAUCCACUCUGCUGAAAAUGAGCUGGCAAAGUGCUCAGCAAACACGGAUUGUGAGGCAAACCUUGUUCUUUGUGUCCCAGAGAGGAGUGCUGUGGGAGCAGCUCCCUGCCAGGGCUGCAGGAGCAGGAGUGGGGACAGCAGGAUGCUGACAUGGUGCAGGAUGGCCCUGGACAGAUGUCACCUCACUGCUGCAACAGGUGGAUCUGUCACAUCCCAUAAAGAACUGGGCCCUAAUGAUGAGAAUUCACUCUUGCUUGCCCAGGAUGGAAAGCAGAUUAAACUGCCAUCAUGUAUAACUGUGCUGGUAGCAGGGGCACUGUGGGGACUUGCCUUGGAGAGAGGGGAAAUUGCCUGAGGGCGUGGGUCAGGGUUAGUUGCCAAUGUCCCCAUAUGGUGGCUUGUAAACCUCCCUGGGGGACCAUGAGCAGGACAUGCAGGGCUACUGGAAUCAGAACCACUUGGUGCAGAACCACAAAAUGGUUUGGGCUGGAAGGACCUUAAAGCUCAUGUUGUUCCACCUCCUGCCGUGGCAGGGACACCUUGCAC